AGACAACGCUGGCAACUGUGGCCAAGACAGUUGUGUCUGCUGAUUUUGCAUUGUGGUAGAUAAAUUUUGUAUUUUUCGGUCUUUAAAGACCAGAAAAAUUAUAAAAACUAUUAAAAAACAAACGACGGUAAUAAUAAAUUAUUGAAAUUAAUAAACAAAAUAAAUUCGAAAACAAAAAGGUGUAGUUAUAUUACAAAAAAAGAUCAGAGAAAAUUUCAACUUCCUCGUUUUCUUUAUAUUUCUUUUUUUUUACUUGGGUCACUUUUUUUCUUUGCUGUGGUUCGAUAUAUAAGUUUGAUGUAACAACAACAAUAACGUUAUACACCAAAAACGGAGUGUUUUAUUAUUAAAUCCGUAAAAGAGUGAAAGAGAUGACGCUAGUGUAGAGAAUAAAGAAAAGUGUUGUACAUACAGAAAAAUUACUAAGAUAUUUUGUGAAAAAAAAAAACGAAACGAAAUGAAAAUUCAAUGGAAAACAAGUGUAUAAAAGAAAAAUUUACAACAAGAAAGAAAAUCUAAUAAAUUUAAACUUAAAUAAAAACUACUAGAAGAUCUUUUUAUAAAAUAUUGAAAAAAAUAUGUUUUAGAACAGUGUUUGUAAAAGAAAUAAAAAAUUAAAAUUGGGCUACCGGCUUUAUAAAGUGCAUUUAUGAAAUAUUUUCAUGGCAGUACUUUACCUACUCAUCACACCUUUACAAAAACAAACAAAAAAAGAAAGGGGCCUCAAGUGCAAUUAACUCUCCAUAAGAAAAAUCACAAAAUUAAAGCAAGAAAACGCCAAAAAUAAAAAAAUAAACGCCGAACACGUUAUAAACAAAAAAUAAAAAAAAAUCAAGUGUAAAUAAAUCCUGUAAUAAAACAAAUACGUGAAUUGAACAUGUUUAUGAUAAAUAAUAUAAUUUUCUUUUCAAAUUUUUUUUUGUGUUAAAUUUUAACUUAUAAAAAUUAAAUUAAAUAAUAUACUCAACAUAAAAUAAUGUGUGGUCAGCCGUUUUAACGCUAACAUUGUGUAUAUAGAAAAAAAAACAAAAUAAAUGUUUACUCUUUGCAAUCCUUAAAGCAAAUUAAAAAAAUAUAAAAUAAUUACUCUUCAUUAUACUAACAACAAUACUACUAAAGAACUACAACAACAUAAAUAAAAGAAAAGAAAAACAAACGACCAAUUUGACACAUCGUACUCUAAAAAAUCAGUACAACAAGUGUAAAAACAAAACAAACACAAAAAGACAAACAAAAGAAAUAACAGCAACAACAAAACAAGUGAAAAAAAAAAAACUAAUAAAAAAGUGCGUGUGUUUUUGAAAAAGAAUUAAUUAAACUUCAUUAUUUUCUUUUUAAAUUUUAAUAAAUGCAUUUAAUUUUUAUCCUAUAGUUUAUUAAAGAAAAUCUUUAGAAAAAAAAAAUAAAAUUUGCUUAAAACGGUUCAUAUAAAUGUCACUUAACAAAUGAAUGAGUGAAGAAGUAAUGGGUUUAACAAUUCGCAGUGAAUAACAGUUAAUAUUUACUAGUGAAAAAAAAAAACUUUAAAACAAAACCACGUUAUCUACUUUAUUAAUUUCUUCUUCGCUCUCCUUUUUUUCGGAUUUUUUUUUUUGUUGCUGAAACAAUCUCACAUCAUAAAUAUAGACGUCGUCGUUAACGUUAUCGUUGAUUUUUUGCUGUGGUCGUUGUAAACGAAAUGCAACGACGUGAACCACGACAAUCAGGUGGUGGUGGAACACAGCCUGCUGGUACAUCAGGAGGCGGUGGUGGAGGCGGCGGUGGAGGAGGCGGUGGCGGAGCUAGCGCAUCAGCUACCGCACGUAACGCAGUCAGUUCCGGCAAUAUGUAUUCCGCCCGCCAAUCUGUAAGCACCUCCACGGGGGUUCUUAUGGUCGGACCAAAUUUUCGUGUCGGUAAAAAAAUUGGCUGUGGUAAUUUUGGAGAAUUGCGUUUAGGCAAAAAUCUGUACAACAAUGAACAUGUAGCAAUAAAAAUGGAGCCUAUGAAGUCAAAGGCUCCCCAACUACACUUAGAGUAUAGGUUUUAUAAACUAUUAGGAUCACAUGAUAAUUGUCCAGAGGGUAUUCCGCGUGUUUAUCAUUUGGGCACAUGUGGUGGCCGUUACAAUGCCAUGGUAUUAGAAUUAUUGGGACUGUCUUUAGAAGAUCUCUUCAAUAUUUGCAACCGUAAAUUUUCACUUAAGACUGUACUGAUGAUUGCAAAGCAACUUCUCCACCGGAUCGAAUAUGUUCAUAGUCGGCACUUAAUUUAUAGAGAUGUUAAACCAGAAAAUUUUCUAAUUGGUAGAACAUCAACGAGACGAGAAAAAAUUAUCCACAUAAUUGAUUUCGGUUUGGCCAAAGAAUAUAUUGAUUUAGAUACAAAUAGACAUAUACCAUAUCGGGAACACAAAUCAUUGACUGGUACAGCGCGAUAUAUGUCUAUAAAUACACACAUGGGCAGAGAGCAAUCUAGACGUGAUGAUUUAGAGGCAUUAGGUCACAUGUUCAUGUAUUUCUUAAGAGGUUCACUGCCAUGGCAAGGUCUUAAGGCCGAUACACUUAAGGAAAGAUAUCAAAAAAUUGGUGAUACUAAACGAGCAACACCCAUAGAGGUACUUUGUGAUGGUCAUCCUGAAGAGUUUGCCACAUAUUUACGUUAUGUGAGGCGAUUAGAUUUUUUUGAAACGCCCGAUUAUGAUUUUCUGCGAAGACUGUUCCAAGACUUAUUCGAUCGUAAAGGCUACGUGGAUGAUGGAGAAUUCGACUGGACAGGGAAGACAAUGUCAACGCCGGUUGGUUCUUUACAAACAGGUCAUGAAGUUAUCAUUUCACCAAAUAAAGAUCGUCAUAAUGUUACAGGCAAGGUUGUGAGUUCAACAAAUGGUGAAUUAAAUGCGGACGAUCCCACUGCUGGUCAUUCAAAUACUCCCAUAACACAACAGCCUGAAGUCGAGUUGGUCGAUGAAACAAAAUGUUGUUGUUUCUUUAAACGAAAGAAGAAGAAAUCAUCACGUCAAAAAUGACUAGAUGGUGUCCAAUGUAGUCCAGAACGCGAAGCAGUUACAUUGCUACGCGCCACUUCACAUUCAAAUUCAAGGGAUAGCGUUUUAAAUAAUCCUAGCCAGGAUUAUAUACAACAAGCAACGUCACAGCAUACGUUGCGUUAUCCUCCAUCCGCGUCAAUGUUGACGCCUACACCAACUACUAAUACACCGACACUUCCGUUGUAAUUUACAU